AUGGCGAGACGGGCGCGGGAGAAGCUCCGGGAGCGGCGGUUGAAGGAGCGGCCGCGCUGCUGCAUCCACCGGAUCGCGGCGAGGUUGGUGGUUGCCACGAGACCGGUCCACGCUGGCGCUGAGUCAGCAGGCACCGACGCCGUUCGGCCCCGUUACUGCGCGCUGGACCCGAUUGACGCCGCCGCCGCUAACCCCAUCCGGCCGAAUCGAUCCCCCCUCUCCUCCCACUUCCUUCCGCUGCAUUCUUCUUCUUCCUCCUCUGCUCCUUCUUCGCUCCUCGCCUCCCCGCCCCCGCUCCACGCGUCCCUUCUCCUCCCCGACCUGCCCCUGCAGCCCCACGCGCCGAUCCGCGUCUACCUCCACCCCUCAGCCGCGCUCCUCGCCGCCGCGCACGGUGCCGUCCCCGCCCACCGAGCGCGCGCCACCGCCAAGGCCCUCGUCUCCAAGCUCCAGCCGGCGGAGGUGCUGGUCCUGGACGCGGUCUGGAGCGUGUCGUACAGGGGCCGGCUCGCCGCCGACGAGCCCGUGGAGGGGAAGCUGGAGACCCGCGCGGCGCGCGCGCGAGGAGGGGUGGGCGCGGCCAGGGGCGUGGCGGCGCUGGCCCCGCCGGGGAGCGUGGUGGACGGGCUCGGCGCGGCGGUGCUCGCGGAGUGCGAGAUCCGGGGCAAGGCGGCUAGCAUGGUGGUGACGUGGCCGGCGGGCGCGAGGCCCGCGAAGUUCGCGGUCAUGCGGCGCGUGGCGGCGGAGCUCGGCGUCGACACCAACAAGAUCGCCACCAGGGUCUCCGGCCGGGCCGAGCUGGAUGCGUUGUACACUUGAGAAUUGAGAUGUUCUCUGCUACUGCUUCCAAUUUCGUUGGCUGUACUGUCUGACGAAUUGGGUUUCUGGCAUUUCGGGGGAGAAAUCUGAGAUGUAUCGGGCGAGUUGGUUUUGUGAUUUGGUAUACGAUGAAUAUUCGAAAUGCGGAUGAACAAAUUCUGAUCUCAGUUGUGUCAUCGCUGCAGUAGUGUACUGAGUCGGAAGCUGCCUUGCUUUGAUUGUACCAUGAGAAUGAAUUAAGCUAGUCCCUGUUUGCCACUUGAGUUC